ACAUGAUUGCUUGAAAAAGUUUCACAUUUUACAUCUCAAGUAAAGUGUUAGAAUUGAUUCAGUGCUGUGUAGCCUUUAUUGACUUGUUUCCAGUUGUGGUAAUUCGGUUUCAGAAGAUUUCAGCGUUCCUGAAGCGAAAUGGCGGUUCAUUAACUGAAACUUUGCUUUAAGAUGUUGUUUAUUAUGAUUCUGCAACAAUAGUCAUGGAAGGCCUACAUGACUCUGAGGGAAAUGUUGUCUACAUUGUCCAACAAGAGGGCCUAGAUGGGAUCACAUACACCCUGGUGGAUGGUGUGGGGGAGGCCAUUGAGGGUCAGCAGGUUACCAUGGUUACUGAUGGGGAGCAGCUACAGGGCCUGCCAGGGGACCAGCUUCACACGCUGCAGCAGCUGGGAGUCCUGGAGAUUGCCCCGGACAUGAAUGCUGACCAGGUUGAGGGUUCAACUGUCAAGGCACAGGGACUGGUCUGUCAUCUUUGUUCUCAAGUCCUCAGCAGCUUUGAAGAUUACAAGGAGCACCUGCAGUCUGCACAUAAUGCAAACAUUAAAGACUUCAGUGAAACUGAUGACAAUGUUGGGGCUGCCACUAUUGCUGUGUUAGACAGUCAGGGGGCCGACAAUGUUGAUGUAGCGGACGACGUAGAAGGAGGCUUUCUUAAAUGCCCUUACUGCUCCAGGUUGUUUUCUGUCAAGUGGCAGAAUUCUCUAUUAGAGCAUUUGAACACCUGUCACCCACAGCACAGUGGGCCGAUUGCUGUAGAACUUGUCAGGAUGGAAGAGUGGAAAGAACAUGAUGGCGCCGGGGACACUCAAGUGAGCGGAGUCCAUGACACGCAGGGGAAGACAGAAACGAAAGGACAGGCCAUUUGUCCUCUCUGUGAGAUGUUGUUUCCACGCAAGUCGUCUCUACCAAAGCACCUAAGAGCCGUCCAUAACUUGGGCGAUGAUGAUAUCGAAAAGCUGCUCGGGGUGGACUUCGAUAACGAUACUAAAUUUGCCUGUCCGCUGUGCCCAAAAACGUUCAACUGGCCUCGAAGUCUGAAGAAGCACAUGAUAGAGGCCCACGACCCGGCCAUGGGGUCAGCCAGCAAAAAGGGCUGCUACUUCAAGUGUCCGUAUUGCAGCCUGGUCACAAGGUAUGCAUGCAGUGUCCGCAAGCACAUCUCCAGGAAACAUGCCCUCAAGUGUGUUGGGAUAGAUGUGAACAAGAUGGAGAUUCCAAGGGUAUCACCAGAAACUGUGGACUCAUCGAAAUUGAAUAUUAAAGUCUUGGACAAAAGACCGGCUCAAGAGAAAUUUGUAAGCUUCAGUUGUAUAUUUAGAUGUCCAUUUUGUGAGUACACGACUCAGCUUCCUUCGAACAUGACCCGGCAUUUGACGUCUAAAGCUCAUAACAAUAUUUUCUCAGCAGCUGAACUAAAAAGUAUAAAGGUUGCUUCCUUCAGGGUGACAAAAGUUCAAAAUUCUUCGAAUCUUCCAAAUCUGCAGUUACAGGAUAAUCUCAAGUCGAUUAUUAACGAUAAACGAAAACUAUUAGGUUUGCCAUUUUUGAAUGACUUACCAGACGGAAAUGAAGAAGAGGCUAUAGUAUUUGAGUCUGAAAUUACAGAUGAAGAGCCCAAUCAUACAUCAGAACCAAGCACAAUAUUCAUAGAUUGCCUGAAAACUGAUGGCGACCCAGAUACAAGUUUCAACAAUGCUGUGAGCAGUAUAACUAGCACUGGCCCUGAAGAGCCAAUUGUUGCAGCAGAUGAAAAUGAACAUAAUAAAAUUAAUCCUGUUGACAGCAUUGCAAAGCCAACUACUCAGGUACCAGAGGCAAUAGUGAAAGUGAAGUGCUUAAAGUGUCCAAUCAUGUUCAGUGAUAUUCAGUCCUUGUUACAACACGUUGUCCUUCAUGGAAACAUACUCGUGAACUUCCUGUGUUCAGUAUGCAAGCAAAAAUUUCCAUUCUUCAGUAAACUAAUUGAUCAUGACAAAAAAUGUCAUAAAGGAAAUUUUGUGAAAAAUGUCAUGAAGUCAGUAACUAUGGCAGCAGUUUCCGGUAGCAAUGUGUCAAUGACCACCUAUGAUUGUCCAUACUGUGAAAUGUUGUUUUCUCAACUGAAAACUCUCGAGCACCAUAUUGAACAGGAUCACACCGACAAUCUGCAGCUGUCCAUGAUCGGUAGUCAAGGGCAGAAGAUUGUAUCUGGUUUCUACUGUUUCUUCUGUGAACUUGUGUUCGCCAAGGUUGACUCGCUAGUGAAGCACAUGCAGAUUGGGCACCCCGGCGCGAAGCGGCCAUCACAGGACGACGCCUUGCUCAGGAAGUCUGCACGCAAGCGAAAGCUGCCAAAAUGGUUGGAAGCCGAUAUGGAAGUAGAUGAAGAGGUUGUGAAAAAGACGAGAACUGAUAUGCCUGUGAGAGUGGAUUCUUUUUCAAGCUCUGCAGAUUUGUUUGGUAUAUCUGAUCAUUCUCUUGAAGUUGGAAAAGAACAAGAAGUCUCAGAAGCAAAUAUGGCUUGUUCCCCUGGAAGAAAAAUAAAGAAAACCAUAUUUUCGAAAAAGAACACGAAAGAAGACAAGCCACCACAAUCUCAGAACACAAAUGAAGAUCAGCUUUCAGAAUAUAAGAACACAACAGAAGGGCAUCAGCAACAAUCUGAGAACACAAAUCUUGACCAGUUGACUCAUUUUAAAAACAUAAGCGAAGACCAGCUCCAUUUGAAAGAUAAUGUGGAGGACAUGUUAAAUGAUGUGACAAACAUGUCAAAUGAGAACCCCCACAAAACUGCUGUGGAAAAGAAACGUAAAAAGAGGGGGAAAUCAAAAAAUACUCCUCAAUAUGAAAACCAAAUAGAUGCUUAUGUGGAGAAAAUGAAAUUGGAGGCUGCUGUUGAAAGUAAUUCCUGCCCGUACUGUGAUUUUAAAGCCAGAAGAGCGGCUGCAUUAGCAUUCCAUAUUAAUAUGAAUCAUCCGAAAACAGGGGAGCACAUGCCGGAGAAUGUAACUGUAAAGGAGGAGAUUGAAGAUCAAGUAAUAGAUGACUCACACAUCUUUGAUGGCAGUGACGGGGAUGAUGACUUUGAAAGUGUGCUUGAUGAAGAGGAAGGUGAUGAGCAUGAGCUGGAGGAAGAUGAUGACAUAGUUCAGGUGGAGCUUGUCUCUGACAGGUACGGGCUCUACAUGCAGCAUGAGUGCCCAUAUUGCAGUCAGAAGAACUUUAAAACGUCUCUAGCAAGGAACCAACAUGUGCAGCAGAAACAUCCGUCAAAGUUCAAGUUGCUCGUCAAACUGACACGACUUCAAAAUUCUAAACAACACCAGUGCCCGUUGUGUAAGAAUAUAUUUAAGAACAGGAAAUGUGUGAUGACACAUCUUUUGAGUCAUGAUGAAUUUUCAACAAAAGACAGUAAAAAGAGAUCAAACAAGAUGUUGGAUGAGUUUUUGUCAGUACCAACGGUUUAUAAAUGUUCACUGUGUUCGGUCAUAGGGCUGAAUGUUGAAUCACUGCAUGUUCACAUGGAAAAGCAGCACCCAUUUGAAGACCUUGACAGCCAAGAGAAGGUGAGAAAUAUUUACAUCAUAGAUACACCAAAGGUGGAGGACAUUGAAGUGAAGUACAUGUGUCCUUUCUGUCCGCUUAAGAGUUCAUGGCGGUCUGUAGUGUAUCGACAUGUAGGGAGGAAACAUCCCGAGGCCGUGGGUAUCAGUGUGGAUACUCUGGCUGCAGAGCCGGAGAUCAGGGAGGCGGAAUACGCCUGCCCCUACUGCCUGGACAAGUUUGUGAGCCGGGAGGCCGUGCAGCUGCAUUCACAAGUACAGCACGCCUCACAACCUAGCCUGCAUGUAGAGGAGAUCAAGCUCGCAGUGGACAUUGAGGAGAACGAAGGGGCCUUGAAGUGUCCCUACUGCUCCAUGGAGUCUCAGUACGCUACCAGCAUAGCACGCCACGUGAGCCGGUGUCACCCUAACAAGGUCCAGCACUUCAGGCUCAACCAGACUUGUUUCAAUUCUGAAAAUGACGUAUAUGGAAUUCAGUCGGGAAAAUUGUUUUCCUGUUCAACUUGUAACUUUAAGAGUAAAUACAGGAACUGUGUGAAAAGACAUGUGCUGAGGAAGCAUCCUCAUGUGCCUGCACAUAAAAGCAUUUUAAUGUCUUCUAAACAACCUAUAGAACAAAAAAUGCCUAGUGUUGUUGCAAAAGAGACUGGAUUAGUUGGCAGUUAUAACAAUUUACUGUAUUACUGUCCCUUGUGUAGCUUUGAAUGUGACAAACAGAAAGUUGUGUUGAAUCACUUGAUAGAGGAACAUGGCAAGGAUAAAUGGCAUCCAGAUAGGUUCACAAGCAAGGAUGUCCUAAAGAAGAUUAUUAUCGGAAAGGGUCAUAACUUCAUAUACAUUUGCAAGCAGUGCAUUGAAGGUUUCCACUCUCUGCAAGCACUGAUGCAGCAUUUUAAACAGAGCCACAGAAAACGGAAAGUCCAGUACAAAGUGAGAAAGAUGGCACAUGAUGAUGAGUUUGUGAAUAUGUUUGGAUGUCCUCAUUGUUCAUACAGGUCAGUGUGGCCGAGGUUAGUUGAUAGUCACAUUGACCAGGUGCACCCAAGGACCCCACUGAAGGCCCCCAGCCCGCUGGUGUGUGGUGUGUUGAGUGUACAGGAGGCCAGUGGUGUCGAGUCGGCUCUCUUCAGGUGCCCUUCGUGCGCGGUGUGCUGCACCAGCAGGCAGGGUGUGGUCCUGCAUGGGAGCCUCUCCCACCCUGACAGACCCCGCAGCCAGACUGUACACCCCGUGUUGGAACAUCUACGUGUUGCUUCAAAACCAGGCAGCGUGAACAUCAAACAGGUCCUGCAGUGCUCGCAAUGUGAGAGAAUGUUUUGCAAUGUCCCCAGUAUUGAACAGCACCUAAAGACAAGCCAUCCUGAGGUGUCAUCUGGCCAUAACUGGACUGGUCUCUACAAGCAGAUGGUGUCACAGUCAAAAAACAAGAACGCACUUAGUAGUCAGUCAGUCAAAUGCGUGUGUCCAGCUUGUGGUCGGGAGUGUGCUAACUUGAGGUCCCUACAAGCCCACAUGAAAGUGGCUCAUGAAUCGAUCGCUGAGACGUACACUGUUUUGGAAAACAUUCUGGACACAGUUUCCAAUGCUGUCGAACCAAGACACCACCACAACAUUCGAAAAAGAAAACCAGCGUUUACAGGCCGUAAGUCCGGUCGCUACUUCCACUGCGGGCUCUGCAGGCUGGUGGUGAGGUCAGGCCCGUCAUUAAGGCUGCACUACAGGCUCAAACAUGCCACCUCAAGGUCAAGGAUGGGACAGUCUAGACCCCGGUGCUGUGUGUGCCACAGAACAGUCAGCUCAUGGCACCAGCUGAUGCAGCAUAAGAUUAAAGCUCAUCGAAAUAAACAGCUCACAUUCAGGUGCAGGACAUGUUUUAGACAGUUUUCCAGUCUGAAGGAUAAACUUGCUCAUGGCGAUGUUUGCCCUGCUAGAACUGUUAUGUUUGAAUGUCCCUUUGAUAACUGUGGAUACAGAUCAAAGUACAAGAGAUUGGUGAAGGUGCAUCUGCAUCAAAGACAUGAUGUGCCCAUCAACACUGGCAAACAGUUGAGUUAUGAUGUGAGGUGUGAUGUGUGUGGUGCUGUGUUUAACAGCCGCGAGGACUUGCAGUCUCACUGCAAUGGAUGCCACAUGGCUGGUAUGCAGUCCCAGUCCCACACAUGCCCCUACUGCCACCUGGAGUUGCCCAGCAGUAAGGCUCGUGACCUGCAUCUGCACCAGCAGCACGUGGACCACAUGGAGAUCUGUGACAUAUGUGGAGAGAUCUUGACCACUGUAAGACGGCUGCGUGAUCACAUGAAGCAACACGGCAGAGCUGGAGGGCAGGUCAAGUGCCCCGAAUGUCCCGAGCUUCUAGAGGAGUCCAAGUACAGGCGCCACCUGGACACCAGCCACCCGGAGGUGCAUGUGUGCUCCUGCAACAUCUGUAGUGGAACAGCGCGUGGUUCCCAUUUUACUCGCUGUCUGUUCUGUGACAAAAACUUUUGUCAAGUAGGCCUGCUGCAGGCUCAUAACCGGUCAGUGCAUGGUGCUGCCAAACAGGGUGUAAAGUUGUUGAGGUGUCACGUGUGUGAGCAGGUGUUCUUCACUCAGAAGGCCAUGUUCACGCAUGGCCGCGUGCACACACUAAGCAGCAAGCUCGCAUCCCAGGCAAAGUCUCACCUGUCCACAGAUACGGACCUGUACGAGCCAAUCACAGCCGUUGAUGAUGAAAGCGGAGAGGGCAGGCCAGUGGACACACAUGUCAUCCAUGUGGGCCAGGGAUCCAGCAACCAGUACCUGCCCAAACUGGGGGAUACCAGCUUGAAUGCAGUCAUUCGAGAGCUCAUUGUGUUUGACAAUUCUGCAGAACUGCCCUACAAAUGCGUCCUUUGUGAUCGAGCUUUUGCGAGAACGAAAUACAUCAAACUGCACAUAAGGAGAGCGCAUGUGCGAGAUGAAAACCAGCCUUACAGAUGUAAAGUAUGUGGUUCUGGAUUUGUUCGCCUGACAGAGUUCAGGAAGCAUACCAGGUCUCAUUCAGACUUCAGGCCAUUCAAAUGUCGUUUCUGCAAUAAAGCCUUCAAACAGCAGGCAAAUCUAAAGGAGCACUACUUUGUACACAAUGAUGUCAAGCAGUUCCAAUGUUAUCUGUGUAAUCGAUGGUUCAGGCAAAGAGGUGCGCUUACAUCGCACGUUGUUGUUCAUGACAAACUAAAGCCGUUCAAAUGCACUUUCUGCGGUCGAGGGUUCACGACAAGGGGUGAACUAGCGCGUCACAUGAAACGUUACGAAGCAGAAGAGAAACGUACAGAGAAGAGCUAUUCAUGCCAUUUGUGCCUGAAAUCUUUCCCACAUUUUCCACUGCUUCUUAAGCACAUUGAUCAGCAUAACCCAGAGAAACCAUUUGAUUGUGAAGUUUGUCAGGAGAAGUUUUCAAACUACGUAUCCCUGUACAUGCACAAGUCAAAGAAUGGCCAUGUUCUACUAACAGAAUUAGAACCAGCCCUCGAAGACAACAGAAACACGUUUUCCAAACGCACCAAGUACAAGCCAUCUGGUGGUAGCAUGAUGGACGUGGACGCCAUGGAGACAGUGUAUGUGAGCCAGACCUCGGAGGGGCACCUGCUGGACACUGACGGCGGUAUCGAGGUCAUCAUACAGGAGCUUGACCAGCGAGGGGCAGUUCAGGUGGGCGAGAGGCAGCCUGAACACGAGGAGCUCUUGUCCAUUGCCCGCCAGCUCACCGAGCUUUCCAACAUCCCUGAACGCGGACCAGAAGAGGACGAGAUUAUCAAGAACAUGCUGGAUGCCGACGCUGACGUAAUGGCAAGCCUCAACAGGAUGUCUAGCUCCAGGGCCGAGUCUGAAGCUUACCAGAGAUCCACUGUGAGGGACCUGCAGUCUGAUGUGUUCAUUCAGGGCAGGAGACCAACUGUUAGGGACCUGCUAGAGGAUAACUACACGUACAACUCCGCAUCACAGCUACUAAGGGAGCAGCCUAGCGUGGAGAAGACCAUCUCGCAGUAUGGUCUAGUUCACAUGCACGAGGAAGCAGUGAUCGGCAGUGAGUCGUCCACGGGAGGCUUUCCGACAGACAUCAAGCAGAUUGAUUCCUACAUGGAGCAGCAGUCAGAGGAUGUAGAGGAGCAAAAUGUCUUGGCCAUACAAAAUGAAGAUGGCACUGUGAUUUAUGUCUGUAUGACGGACGAAAACAAGGCAACCAAUGACAACAGCUCUGAAUACGUAGAACAACAGGCUGCAAGCAUUCCAGUUUUUAAUGGUGGUCAGAGUGAAACUGCCCUCAUGGAAGAGCCGGCUGACUCACAGACAAAUGCAUCACAUGUUGAACAAUCAGAUGACGCCCAUAUGCAAACCAGUUUGGAUUCAUGUUUGCCAGACCAAGUGUUUGGUUCUGAGCAAGUAUCUGAAGAUCAGACUGGUUCAUUUGAAGUCGAUUCACAUACUACAGAUUGUUAUGAAAUAAAAACCGACCCGUGUUCUGUGCAAGCUGACCAGUCUGUUUCUGAGGCACUACAUACCGGAUACGUGUAUGCUGGUAAGUCUGUGUCCCAUCUGCUUCAAGGGGAUACCAGUGGCCGGGAAGGUAACAUCCAGCCAGAGACAAGUAUCCACAAUGAUGAAGGACUAGAAAUGUUGAACAUUGAGAGUGGACAGGUAGAGCUGCUUGACAAUGCAUCUGGAGCAGAGAUUGAACGCGAGCUGUUCAGUGCGGACACCUGUCUGGAUGGGGAACCCUCAGAGGUGAUGCUAAUGCAGGGAAGGCUACGAUACAUGUACGACAGGAAAAAGAAUUGUUACAUGUGCAUGCAGUGCAAUACUACCAUAGCUACAUACAAAAAUUUAAAGAAUCACUUGAAAAGACAUCUACCACGAAGCUCCUUCCAGUUUAAAUGUGACUUUUGUAACAAGAGAUUCUGUAUGCAUAGUGAGCUAUUGCGACAUCAGAGAAUUCACACGAACGAGAGGAACUUUCGGUGCCACAUUUGUAGCAAGGCAUUCAUACAGAAGGGCCACUUGGACGCACAUGUGAGGAGUCACCAAGGACACAAGCCAUUCCGGUGUUCCGACUGCGACAUGACCUUUGUGACUAGCACUCAGCGCACGAUACACUGGCAGCGAAAACAUGGGAGCCCUAUGUUCAAAUGCAGCAUCUGCGACCUGGCCCUGAGAACCAAUGCUGAUCUGAUGCAGCAUAUAGGUCGCCAUCAUCUUGGAAGUAAGAAAGAAUCUACUAGCAAUACAGAAGAAAGUGUUGAAGGGUCAGAAAUCUGUGAAAAAUGCGGAAAAGGUUUCGCCACGAGAAAACAAUUGCUAAAUCAUCUGUUCUUGCACACAAUGGAGAACGUGGUGUUCCGCUGCCGGGUUUGUGAGCGCGAGUUUAAGGACAAAGAGAGCAGGAACAGCCACGUGAGCACCGAGCAUGGGGGCCAGCGUGCCUUUGUCUGUCAGCAGUGUGGGGAGGCCUUCCCCUUCAGGAAGAAACUCGUCCGUCACAUGAAGCAGGCUCACACCAUGCCCACCGAGGAGUCUGGGCAGAGUGGCAGGGCAAAGCGGAGCUUCAUGUGUCAGAUCUGCCACAAAGUGUUCAACCAGCUGAACUCUCUUACGUACCAUAUGGGGGCCAAGCAUGCAGACCACAUCGCGUCAAACAAGCUGGAAACCAGCGGUGAUCAGCAGUUAUCUUAACACAAGCUGGAUCAUCAUUUGGGUAGUAAUGUUAGUUUUUGUUAGGUUCCUUUGAGAUUUAUUUAAGUGUGUAAAAUAUAUAGAGUAUGUAAAAUUAUCACGAUUAGCCUUACAAUUUUGUCUAUAGUCGUGAUAAUUUUAGCAUUUAAUUUGUAUUUACUGCUCGCAGUACAUGUCUGUUGCUUAAAAAAUGAAAAAAGUUCCUCUUGCUGACAUAUUUGAGUGAUUUACUACUUCAAAUAGGGUCGAGAAGAUUAUUAAGAGUAGUACUAUAAACCAAGAAUCUUCGAUAAAGACAUGUUGGAACAGGA